CUUCCCGAAAGAAUGUCAUUCCCUCUUACUGAGGAACCAGUGGUAAAUACUCCAUUGUCAUCGGACGUUCGGCUGACAGAUGGAAAUGACUUUUGGAUGGGAAAGCUUGAAAUUAGAGGGAAUGAAACAUGGAAACCUGUUUGUAUUAACUCGUGGAGUAAACGAGAUUCUAAGACUGCCUGUCUUUCAAUGGGUUUCUCCGAUGUUAUACAAUAUGAUUCGAUAGAAUCAAAACGUAUUAUCUUGGAUGAUGUCUCAUGUACUGGUAACGAGGAUAAUAUCUUAGAUUGUGCACAUCGGCCAUUGUUUAAACAUAACUGUCGUCAUUACGAAGAUGCGGGUGUAACGUGCGAUCAUGGCUCAGAUUUACCUGAACCACCCAUUCCUCUGAGCUCAGCAAUACGACUUCAAGAUGGCAAGGUAUUCUGGGAAGGACGUGUGGAGAUAUUUUACGAUGGCUCAUGGAAUACUAUCUGUGAUGAUUACUGGGACUAUCCACAAGCUAAGGUUGUAUGUAGGAUGCUUGGUUAUAACGAUUCAUCGACUGCUAUCCCUCAUCUUCAAAACGAAUUCCCGGAUGUCAUGACCACCAUUCAGAGGGACGACCUACAAUGUGGGGUUAUGACUGAAACCUUGAUAGAAGAUUGCAUCUUUCUACCAGCAACCACUUCGUGUUACGAACAAGUAACAAUCCAAUGCAAACCAUAUUCUAAAGAAGAGGAUGUUCGAUUGGUUGAGGUCUUCCAUCCUUGGCAAAGAACAGUUGAGGGUCGAUGGAAUGGUACUUGGUAUCCAAUCUGUGACGAUGGAUGGGAUAUAUUGGCAGGAGAGGUGGUCUGUCGAGUGCUUGGAUUCGAGGCAGUUGAUCAUGUAUUCAUUGGUCUACCGAGCAGUAAUACCCGUACCUAUCUUCUUGAUGACAUUACAUGUGAUGGAUCCGAGACAGGUAUCAUGGAUUGUGGUCAUGGACAACUACUGGAACAUGAUUGUUCACAAGAAGAACAUGCUGGUUUGUUGUGUUUACCAGAUGUACGUCUAAUUGGAGAGGAGUACUCAUCGAGUGGUAUCGUAGAAGUAUACUAUAAUAACUCUUGGGAAACCUUAUGCAUGUCAUCCGAUGAUAAAGACUUGGCUCACACCAUAUGCCAUACUCUUGGGUACAACUCAUUCACCUUAACAGAGAUAGACCUUGAUAAAAAGGUUCAUGAUUUCUCAUUACUACGGUUCACCUGUGACAAGUUCAACUCGAUCACAGAUUGCUAUCGAUACCAAGUCUUAGAUUCUGAGGAAGCAAGAACAUGUUCUGAUGCUGAGCGAGUAGUUGGGGUGAACUGUAAACCAGUGGAUCCUUGCGAGGAAAGGCAAUGUCCCGAUAGCAGUAUCUGCGUGGAAACUGGUGCUGACACGACAUGGCAAUGUUUAAUAGAGUGUGUUUUUGUACCACUAGCUCAUUGUCUUUAUGAGGAUAUCGAAGAUGAGUGUGCAUGGGAUGGAGUAAUACCUACUUCUACGACGCCAGAAUACAGCUACUACUACUCAUUUUCAUCCUCCUGGUCCUCCUCUUCCUCUUCCUCUUCCUCCUCCUCCUCCAGCGCAUCAUCAUUCCCUUCGUCAACUUCAUCAACAGCGACACAGAAUGAACCAUCAAGCAAUUAUGAAAGUGAAUUAAAUUCAUUAACUUCAGUGUCUACAAGCCAAUCGCCUGCAACCAAUUUCUUCUCUGACUACCGUCAUUCAAGAUUGUCUGGUUCAUUUUCAUUCAAUAGUACUACCGUCGCCAUUCAAAGGUGCCUCUACAACAUCUUCUUACCAAAGGCAACGGAGUUUGUAGUUAUUCUCAAUUCCAGCCGUUACGACCCAGAACUAGUCCAGGUCAAGGUAUAUAAAGGUUAUGAUUAUAGCCAAAGAAGUACUGUGUAUAUUAGUAGUGCUCAUCAAAAUCCGCCCUAUUAUCUUCGGGUCGACUAUUUCAGUGUCUGGAUAGAGGUUCAAACAAUGGUCGAAAACUCAACUAUGGAUAUUGAUUACAUCGCAGAAUGUACAGAAAAUAGUCCCGAUAUGUUAGAUGACUGUCUAUUUCCACUUGGAAUGGAAGCAACCUGGAUCGCAAAUGAUCAGAUCACAGCUACUAGCUCAAUUGACAAGAACCAUGCAGCUCAUCAGGCUAGAUUAUAUGGAUCAUCUUCAUGGAGACCAGACCUUUCUGACACAGAUCCUUUCAUUGAGAUCACAUUACAAGAGGAUUAUGUAAUAAAAGGUCUGAUCGUACAAGGUGGAGGUGGUGAUGAUCGAUACUGGGUAAAAGAAUUCUCUCUGGAGUACGGAGUGCAAGAGCAAUUCGUUUAUCUUCUUGAUCCACACAAACUAAAUGACAACGGAACGAAUAUUGCCAUUUUCGAAGGUAAUUCUGAGUACUAUUGUGUCAAGUACAUUCUGCUUCCACCCGGGCUAAUUACUGACCGUCUUCGUCUAAGACCUAUCCAAGAAAGACCAAUUGCUCUCAGGAUGGAGCUGCUUGGCUGUCUACCAAAAGUUUGUAAUACCUCUGACACAGGCCACGAAGCGAGUCCCAUAUUCCUUACCCAUCCACUGCAGCAAGGUGAUAUAUCAUUUGAUGAUAAUGGAACUUCACAAUAUUGGUCGGUAAGAACAUGAUCUAUUUUCCCCCAAAUAGAUGUAUAAUUCUCUCCUAAUCAGGUGAGAAUUUACUGUUAUCAGAUAGUUUCUAUGGUUCCUGUUGGUUGAUAUCUGGAG